UGUUGACGGGCACAGUUCUAAGAUGGCGAAGUUCGCAGUAGCUUGUGUGGUCCUCGGAGUCAUUGCGUGUGUUCAUGCAGCGCCGGGCUAUGGCGGCGGAGGUCAUAGUGGUGGAGGCGGAUUUGGCGGCGGCGGCGGCGGUGGUGGCGGCGGUGGUUUCGGCGGUGGCGGUGGAUUAGGCCACGGAGGAGGCAGUGGAGGCGGAUUCGGCGGUGGUGGUGGAUAUGGCGGCGGAAGUGGUGGUGGACUUGGCGGUGGUCAAGGCGGAAGCAGCGGUGGUGGACUUGGAGGUGGUCACGGCGGAAGUGGUAGUGGAGGGCUUGGCGGUGGCCACGGCGGCAGCGGAGGACUUGGCAGCGGAGGUGGAGGUGGUGGCGGCCUUGGCGGUGGCAGUGGAGGAGGACAAGGCGGUGGCCACGGCGGAAAUGGUGGCGGAGGACUAGGUGGUGGCCACGGUGGUGGUGGUGGACUUGGAGGUGGCAGCGGCCUUGGCGGUGGCAACGGAGGCGGCGGUGGACUUGGAGGUGGCAGUCACGGUGGACACGGUGGUGGUGGACAUGGUGGACAUGGUGGAGGCAGCCAUGGUGGAGGAUACAGCAGUGCCAAUGCCAACGCCCAAGCUAGUGCUAGCGCCAGUAGCGGUGGUUACGGCGGCCACAAAGGUGGAUACGGACGCUAACCCGCUCAAGAAAGUCGAUAAUUAGAUAACUUCAGGAGAAGAAACCUCAUUGUGAUAUAGAAAUUACACGAUUUCAUAAUAUUGUUAUUAAUAUUAUGUAAUAAAUACAUCGGUUUACCAAA